AUUAUUCUGCAGACGUCUUCUGUCUUCUAUCCUUCGGUCUUUUUGUUUACAAUCAAAUACUUCGUGUGCAUGUGUAUCUAUGCAUAGUUUUUGUUAAAUCUUGUCAAAUAACAAAAACUUUAGUUUAAAAAAAUUAUAAUUAUGCCUAAAUCUAAAAGAAAUAAGCAAAUUGAGCUAUCUAAAACUAAAAAACAUGGAUUGGAAGGAAAGAAAAAACUAUAUGAAGAGAUUCAAUCCUGUCUUGAAACAUACACUCAUUUAUUUAUUUUUACUGUUAAUGAUAUGAGAAAUUCUAAAAUAAAGACUGUUCGAGAGCAAUGGAAACAUAGUAGGUUUUUCAUUGGAAAAAACAAAGUUAUGGCAAAGGCACUUGGUCUGGGUCCAGAAGAUGAAUUUAGAAUGAAUCUUCAUAAAGUUGGACAACGUCUCAAAGGAGAAAGGGGUCUUUUGUUUUCCAAUCAAUCUAUUGAAGAAGUUUUAAAAUGGUUUCGCUCUUAUUCAGAAAGUGAUUUUGCUAGAUCUGGUAACCGUGCCACAGAAACUGUAGUUUUACAGGAAGGGCCAUUAAAUCAGUUUCCACAUAAUUUAGAACCAUAUUUGAGACAGCUUGGUUUACCAACAACUCUUAAAAAAGGUGUGAUUCAUUUGGUCAAGGACCACACAGUUUGCAAUGUUGGUGAUGUCCUUACUCCAGAGACAGCAAAAAUAGUUAAACUCCUGGGUUACGAGAUGGCCGAAUUCUAUAUCAAAAUUGAAUGUGUCUGGUCUCAAGAUGGAUCAUUCUCAGAUUUGACAACAGGAGAGGAAUUAAAAGAAAAUAUUGAUCAGUCAAACUCUGCAUCUCUACCAGUGCAAACACCAAUUGAUGUUGCCUCUAUGGAUGUUGAUGAGGUAGUAGAACCUAGUGAUGAAAUGAUUGAGAAUAUAAUAAUGAAGAAUAGAAGGAGUCGUGCAGAAAAUAAACUUAAGCAGUUAGAUAAUGAAGCUUCUCCUGAUGAAAGUUCUGAUGGCGAAGAAGUGGCAGAAUUUGAUGGACUCAAAACAGCAGACAAAGAAGCUUCAUUAGAAACCUCAAAUGAACUUUCUGCAGAUAAAAUUGAGAAAGUUAUUAAUACUAGUACUACUGAAAUAAUUAGUAGAUCCAGCUUUGAUAAAGAUAAAAUUAAUGUUGUGGAAGAUGUUAAGAUCACUAAUGAUGCUGUAAGUGACGAUGAAAAUGAAGAAGUAGCUGAGUCAAUAAAAGAUGCUAACGCCCUCACUGAUGAAAUUGAAAAUGAAAGUAGUGAAGAAGAAGAUAUUCCUGAAUUAGUACCUGAUGGAUCAGUUGCUAGUGAUGAAGUCAACACGCAUAAUAUGGACAAAAUUAAUGAAAUUUUCCUACCCAAUGGAAGUGAUAAUUCUUUUAAAAGGUUGUCAUUAGAUAAGAGUGUUUUGCAAAGUCCCGUAUUGCAAGAAAAGCGUCGAUAUUCUCCAAAAAUGACACGCUCCGCAAUGAAAGCUAAGAAAGUUGUUUCAAAAAUUGAUUCCGGAAAAGCUAACGUGAAUGAUGAAUUAAAUUCUUUGAAAGAAGAGGUUGGUGAGAUGAAACCAGCAAAAGGUCAAUCUAAAAAAAUGCACAGUACUGGAGAAAGUCCCAUAGAGCGCACACUUCGAAAUCGAUCCAUUAAGAUUGUAAAAAAAUAAAAAAUCUGUUUAAAUCUUA